GGCCUUUUGGAACCUACAACUUACGAGCCUUCUUCGCAAGCAAAGCUAGAAACCGCAACGCAAAUAUCUCAGGAAAUAUCUAAACGCCGAUCGGCGCUUCCAUCACCUUCAAGAAGCAUAAAUGGCUGGGAGAAACCGAUAUCCUCGUGAGAAUCAUCGUGGGUAUCCCCCAGAAGGGCCUCCUUCUCGUGUUCCUAUGUCUCGACCCAUGCCACCUCAUCCCAUUAUGUUGGAAGAAGAACUUGAAAUACAACACCAUGAAAUCCGUAGACUCUUGGGUGAAAAUCGAAGGUUAGUUGAUGAUCGCAUUGCUCUGCAACAAGAGUUAGGUGCUGCAAGAGAAGAACUUAGGCGAAUGAACAUUGCAAUUUCUGACAUUCAAGCAGAAAAUGAAAUGCAUUCAAGACAGCUAAUUGAGAGGGGCCUGAAGCUUGAAGCUGAUCUUCGUGCCACUGAACCUCUGAAAAAAGAAGCUGCACAACUCCAUGGUGAAAUAGAGAGACUUAAUUCUAUUAGGCAUGAUCUAUCUGGUCAAGUUCAGACUCUCACAAAAGACCUUACAAAACUGCAAGCUGAAAACAAGCAACUUCCAGCUUUAAGAGCAGAGGUUGAGGGACUACACAAGGAGCUUAUGCAUGCUAGAGUUGCUAUUGAUUAUGAGAAGAAGGCAAGUGCUGAGUUGAUGGAUCAUAAACAAUCAAUGGAAAAGAAUUUAGUUUCCAUGGCUCGUGAGGUUGAAAAGCUUCGUGCAGAACUUACAAAUUCUGAUUCUAGAUCAUGGGGUGCUGGUGGAUCAUACAGGAUGAAUUAUGGCAAUCCUGAUGGCAAUUAUUUGCGUGCUUAUGGUGAUGGAUAUGGGCGUCCAAUGGGUGCUGGUGACAAUGUUCCAUUGUAUGGUUCAAGCUCUACACCAUGGGCAGAGUUAUCAUGGCUAUCUGUUAUGCAGAGGGUAGAAGUGUAUGGUUCUUCUCAGUUUGUGUUUACAUCGGUAGACAAUGUUGCAAUGGUUUGGGAGAAGCAGAAAAAACCUGACCGGUGCCGGAGGAGGAAGAAACGGAGGGAUGGCGGUGGGAGUUAAAGCAACGGCUAGUGCAAGUGCUUCUUGCGAUUGAGGAAGUCAUGAUAUGUUGAAAGGACAUGAAAAAGGGGCAAAUGUGCGAAUUUUAUUAUCCAGCAAAUGUUUUGACUGAAUCAUACAUAACUUACCCGAUUUAAUUAGAGGUAACAAAAACCUGAAUCAAAGAGCCAUUAACAGGCAUAUCUUAGUCAUGUUCAUUACAACAUGGAAGUUUUAGUUGGUGAAAACUUGUAUGUAAUAUUUGCUUACAUAAAUAUAUAAAAUAUGUUACUAAUGUAUGUAUUUACUUAAUUACUUGUAUAUUUUUAAUAGCACUGCAUAUACUAGACUUGUUUGUUAAUCAUUAAGCCAAAGUCAAGUCAAAGUAGGACAUUGCAAGCGGCUAAAGUCAAGUCAUCAUUGUCUAAGAUUCUUCCAAAUGUUACCUACCAUUCUUACAUAUAUAUCAAACUCUUUAUUUGUUUAUAAAAAUUUGUCGCCAGAAGGAAGUUUUGGUUGAGUAUUGGAAAUUCAAAUACAGUGAACAGGAUGGUUUGUUACAAGUACGGUUGUUUAAACUUUUUAUACUAGUAAAUUAAUAAAUAUUUUUCAUUAUAUAAACAACCAAAAGAAUUUAAAAAUACAAUGAAUGAUAUUUAAUGCAAUAAAAAAACAUGAAAGUUUGCUGAAAAGUCAAUCAAUGUCGGUGUCAUACAAAACUUUAGGAGUGUGUCAUAAUCCGAAAGGGACACGUACGUCGAAGGUGGUUGAUUUGAAAAUAUUGACUGAUGAAUUGUGA